GUGGUGACAUCGCCAGCAGGAGGCGCCCUGUGUGGGUUGCCCAGCCUCUCGGCUCGUCAUGGGGGAUGAGGCAGACUCAGAAAGUCAAGCCCAAGAGCUGUUUGAUGACUUUGUCCAGGCUGCCACCUGUCGGGCCACUUUGCGUGCCUUCACACAGCUGUGUGAGCAUCUGCAGCUCACACACAUACCCUCCGAGCGACCUCUGUACCACACCAUUAAAACCCGCCUCAACUACUGGAAGGCCAAUGGUCUAUGGGCCAAACUGGACAAGAGGGCUGCGCAUCAAGAGUACAUGAGGGGCCGUGCCUGUGCCAACACCACAUGUGUGAUCAUUGGGGCGGGCCCUUGUGGUCUACGGACGGCUGUGGAGCUGGGCUUCAUGGGGGCUCGGGUGGUGUUGCUGGAGAAGAGGGAUGCCUUCUCCCGCAACAACGUGCUGCAUCUCUGGCCCUUCACAAUCCAUGACCUCAGGGGCCUCGGAGCAAAGAAGUUCUACGGCAAAUUCUGUGCAGGAUCCAUCGAUCAUAUCAGUAUUCGUCAGCUACAGCUGGUGCUGCUGAAGGUGGCGCUUUUGUUAGGAGUGGAGGUUCAUGUCAAUGUGGAGUUCAAAGAACUGGUGGAGCCGCCUGAGGACCAGGAGCAUCAGAAGGUUGGAUGGAGAGUGGAGGUGCGUCCGAAGUCCCAUCCUGUCAACCAGCUGCAGUUUGACAUUAUAAUUGGAGCUGAUGGGCGACGGAACACACUACCUGGAUUCAGGCGUAAAGAAUUCAGGGGGAAGUUGGCCAUUGCCAUCACAGCAAACUUUAAGAACAGGAACACGACAGCCGAGGCCAAGGUGGAGGAGAUCAGUGGUGUAGCCUUCAUCUUCAACCAAAGGUUUUUCCAGGAACUGCGGCAAGACACGGGGAUUGAUUUAGAGAAUAUUGUUUACUACAAAGAUGACACUCACUACUUUGUAAUGACUGCCAAGAAACAGAGUCUGCUGGAGAAGGGAGUCAUUCUGCAGGAUCAUGCAGACACAGAGCUGCUUCUCUCACGUGGCAACGUGGACCAGAAUGCAUUACAGGCGUACGCCCGUGAGGCUGCAGGCUUUUCCACUGGCCAUCAGCUGCCAUUUCUGGACUUCGCCAUGAAUCAUUACGGGCAGCCAGAUGUGGCCAUGUUUGACUUCACAUGUAUGUAUGCUUCAGAGAACGCCGCCCUGGUCCGCCAACGACAAGGACACCCCCUACUGGUCACACUGGUGGGAGACAGCCUGCUAGAACCAUUUUGGCCCAUGGGGACAGGUAUCGCACGAGGUUUCUUGGCGGCCCUGGAUUCAGCUUGGAUGAUUCGCAGCUGGGCACAAGGCAACGCCCCGUUAGAUGUUUUGGCUGAGAGGGAGUGUCUCUAUCGUCUCCUUCCGCAGACCACCCCAGAGAACAUGAAUAAAAAUAUCUGUCUCUAUACUGUGGAUCCAGCCACACGCUACCCCAAUAUCAACUCACAGCUUGUCACAUCUACUCAGGUGAGGCACCUGGUGGACACAGGAGAGGAGAUCGGGUUCGACAUGGAUUUGUGCAAUGUCAUUUGUUCUCCAUCUCCCAGGCUGCUAAGACAGGAAUCCUUCUCUCGCUCCAAUAAGCUGUUGAGCUGGUGCCAGGAACAGACAAAGGGUUACCGUGGUGUCUCUGUCAGCGACCUCACUACCUCCUGGAAGAGUGGCCUGGCUUUAUGUGCACUGAUCCACUACUACCGGCCAGAUCUCAUAGACUUUGACUCCCUGGACGAGGCCGACGUGGAGGAGAACACGCGGCUGGGCUUUGACGUGGCGGAGCAGGAGUUUGGGAUCUCUCCUCUGAUGACCGUAGAGGAGAUGUCUUCUGUGGGCGAACCAGACUCUCUCACCAUGGUCAUGUACCUCAGCCAGUUCUACCAACUGUUCAAGGACACACUGCCCUCUAGUGGGUCUCUGUUACAGAGUGCCGACUUGAGAGCUGCUCUUAUCUCCCCUGCCUCGCUCCUCAGUAGACUAGGCCACAGUCCAUCCCGCAAACGCAACCCCAAGGUAUUCGAGCAGAAAGACGCUUUGGGAAAAAGAAGAAAGACGACUCGACAAUGCCAGGAUGAGCAGGAACCAGAGGACUCUAGUAACCAAGACCAUCAGUUCUUUGACGAAGGUUUUGUGGGGGGAUCCGGUCAGUCCAGAGUGCGUCUGAUGGCACAUCAAUUCCAGGCAAAGUUAGAUGAGAGUGCUUUUUCCUUCCAGAGCCCCUCGUCAUCUGCUGCCGCUGUACUACGUAGACAGAGAAAGCGCACCCAGCAACAGGAGCAGAUGAGUUUUCGUUUCAAAGAGAAGAUCAAGUCUCAUACUCUUCCCUGUAGAGGCGAGCAGGACGGCCACAGAAAACGCUCCCUCGGAGCAUCGGUACAGACGCACAAUGAAGCGUUUCUGUUGAAGCUUGAAACUGCUGUGCUCCGCAUCAGCUACCCUAAAUAUGUUCAGAUGUACACCGGGGGAGUAAGCUCUUUGGCCGAGCAGAUUGUCAGUCAGUUUCAAAGUCCGGAGGAAGCGAAGCCCACCUUUGACAAGAAGGAGCUGGCCGUAGGGUCGAUGGGCACCAGCGACGUGUGCUUCUUCUGCAACAAGCGGGUGUAUGUGAUGGAGCGGUUGAGUGCCGAGGGCCUGUUCUUCCACCGCAGCUGUUUCCAGUGUGACUACUGCGGCGCCACCCUCCGCCUGGCCUCCUACGCCUAUGACGGCCCAAACGGGAGGUUCUUCUGCCAGCAGCACUACGACCUACGACUGAGUGGCCCCAGCCAGAGGAAGAGACCAGCCCCUAGUGUCUCCUCAGACCGGACCACUUCUCAUCGGACCUCGAUAGGGUCACUGGCAUCCUCAACAGACACCCUAAUCCCCGGCUCCAUGCCCAACGCGGCGGAUCGCAGUUGUCCAGUGGCUUCACUGAUUGAGAGGGAGUCGGGGCUCGCCAAGAGGGUACGGGGGACACCGGAGCGUAUUGAACUGGAGAAUUUCCGGCUGGGUGCGGGGGGAGCGGAGACGUGGCUGAUGGAGGAGCCCGAAGAAGUCCCGGAGGAGACGCUGGCCAACUACAACCUCAGUCUGCCAGAGAAGAGCGCUGACAGAUCCAGGUCACAUUCUUCUUCUUCUUUUUUUUGUUCUGUUCCCAUGCCUCCUUCAAUGUCCCUUUAUCUCCUCUCCCCUGAAUGCUUCUUUCUUUCGGGGUCGGGGAUGGAUGAGGAGAAAGCUGGCCGGCGGCCCGCGACUUCAGAACGGGCCAAAACUUUGUGGAGUCGAGCAGUAGAGCUCCAUAUGCAAGCGAGAGGAGGAAGAGGGGGAGGAGAAGAAGAAGAAGAUGAGGAGGAAGAAGAAGAGGAGGAGGGAAAUGAAGAGGAAGAAGGAGAAUUUGAUGAGGAGGAAUACGGGGAAGGGAAUGACUCGGAGUCAAGUGAUGAAGGGGAGUAUUGCCCCUGGGAGAUGGAGCGUCGUUCAGGCCUGUGGCUCCUACUAGAGGAGGGGGCAGAGGAGUUCUCUUAUGUUCUCCCCAUUACUACUAAGAAAGCCUCAUCAGCCAGAGGAGGAAGUGACACCACAUGCUCCAUGGUUUUUAAUAUUUACUCGUCUGAAGAAGCCUCACAGCCUGACUCCACCACCUCGGACACCAUGACGCCCCACACGGAGAGGUUGUUCAGCCUCCCCGACGUCCCCUUCCCUCCGCCCCCAACUCACAGCGCCACGUCCAGUACGUUCACAUCCCUCGCCAGCACCCCCUCCCCCGUCUCCUACCACUUUAUAUCCACAUCCAUGGCAUCCACCCGGGACCCCACCCUUUUCUCCUCCACUUCCCCUAACUCAUCCACCACUUCCGGCUGCUCUCCCAGCCCGGAACAGGAGGGGGAGAGAAAGAAGGAAUGCAAGGAGAAGGGGAAGGAGUGGGGGGAUACGGACACGCACAAGGCUAGCAGUAGCUCCGGGGUCGGUCACAACAGCAGCUCAACUGCGUCUGACUCGGCUGUGGUCACGCCACCUCGUAUGCCUCCACCCAGACAGCCGUGUCAAGGUAGGGAAAGUGUAGAGAGCGAUGUUAGCCUGAAGGCUGCAUCUCUGCCAAAUCCCCUCCCUAGUCAAGCACCUUUUGGGUCUUUGGGUGGGAUCCUGUGUGAUGAUGGUGAUGAUGAUGAUGAUGAUGAUGGUGAUGAUGAUGAUGACGGAGGUGAGGCCUUCUGGGAUAUCAGCCCAGCCUUGUCCUCGCAAAAGCCCCUCCGGCAACCCACGCUGGUCCAGAAGAUGAACGUCAGAGUGGAGAGAGAGAAAGAGUGGAAGAGGGAGGUGAAACGGAGGGGGGAGAUAGACAGAGCUGCCCCUGGGGUGGGUUGGGAUGACGUCAGGGCUUUUUGGACCGCAGAGACCCCCCCUGGGAGGAGUAAAGCAGCUCUGGCCCUAGAUGCUAGGAGACUGGCUGAGAGCCUGCCCCUCCUCCAGCUGAGAGCCUUCAGCGAGUCCCAGCCCAAGAGUGAGCGGGGCACCCGGCCCAGAGGAGCCCGGGCCCUGCUGAAAGCUGUCUUUUCUGGCAACAAGAAGGACGGAAAGAAGAGGGGAAGGACUUCCCUCCCCGCAGGGAAGGUGGGGAAGAUGGCAGAUGCAGUGACUACUGCAGCUAAGGAAAGGAAGGAAGCUAACAAAUCCAGAAGAGCUACAGAUUCCCAGUUCCUCUGCUCCACAUGGGCAGAAGACUCUGAACUGGACUCUUCCGUGGUGGUGCAGAGAUGCUCUCUCAACCCAAGAACCAACCUACAUCUGGAACUGUUCGACCUCACCUCAAACAUUCAGAAGGUAACGAUAAAGGAGGAGGACGAGCUGGAAAUCCAGGCCCACCAGGAGCCGACAUAUGUGCCUCAUGCUCUGGCUUUUAAGCGAGCCUAUGCCAUUAAGAGGCGGGUGGCAAAGGAGAGAGCCCCUUCCAGGGAGUCGGAUGGGGAGUCCUCGUGUCCGACGGAGGUGGUGGGGGUCCUCGUGUGCGGUAAGGAGCCGUCCAGCCUGAGCGUGUCGGAGACCAUUUUCCAGGAGGACCGAUGCGCUGAGGCGGACGCUCUGGAUGCCAGGAUCACACAGCGGGUGCAGAGAGCCGCACGCAAGCAGGCCAAGCAGGAGCAGCUCAAGAGACUGCACAAAGCACAGAUCAUCCAGAGGCAGUUGGAGCAGGUGGAGGAGAAGCAGAGACAACUUGAAGAGAGGGGUGUGGCUGUUGAGAAAGCCCUGAGAGGGGAAACUGACUACUGGGGAGACUCCGAUGACAACGAGGAGCUGGACCUUCAGCUGAGAGGGAUGGGGAAGCUGGACAACCCUGCCCUGAUGCAGCAGUGGUUCCAGUUGGUGCAGCAGAAGAACACGCUGAUGCGCUACGAAUCGGAGCUCAUGAUAUUUGCGCGAGAGCUGGAGCUGGAAGACAGGCAGAGUCGCCUUCAGCAAGACUUGCGAGAGAGGAUGGCUGUGGAUGACCAUUUGAAAGGGGAGGCGGAGUUGGCGGAGGAGCGCCUGAUCCUGGAGGAGAUGCUGGAGGUGGUGGAGCAGAGAGAUGCACUCGUGGGCCUGCUGGAGGAGCAGCGUCUGCAGGAGCGCCAGGAGGACAGGGACCUGGAGACCAUCAUGCUGUCCCGAGGCCUGGGCCUCCACUGGGCCUAAGCUCCUCCACUCCUCCUCCUCCUCCUCCUAUCGACUCCAUGCCCCCCACCCCCUCUCUACUGAAGCCUUAUCGCCCAACUGCCUUGCCGCCACAUUUCAUCUCCUGUGUCCUGCCGACCCUAACCAAGGAAGGAAGGAAGGUGACCGCCCCACCACUUAUAGAUGCCAAACCCCCCCCAAAACUGG